ACUGCUGGUUGUAGCUUGACAUAAGGGUUUCUCUGCCUGGUGAGGCAUUCACAUCCCAGCUCAUGUGGUAGCAUCCAGCUUUGCUUGGCACCACCUGCUAAGUGGCCUGAAGCGAUUUGACAUAGACAGAGAAAGCUUUUUAUCCCUGAGUCCGUACCAGCAAGCAGGUGAGCAAGCAACGGUGACUAACUUAACACUUUAAACUUCACUGACAUGGCAGCAAUGGAAGCACUGGAGCGCUCAAGUGCUCAGCUCGAGCCUCAAUCCCUCACUGAGAUCUCAGACGACGAGCUCCACAUCCCACCAUCAGAAGAUGAAGAAGAUGGCCUCGCCGCAGCAAAAAAAGAGCUGAGCAACAUGGCCAAAGACGGAGAGGCCGCCGAGGACAAGGACGAAGCAGGCAAGGCCGACCAUCAGGUGAACGGGGUGGUGGUGCUGUCUUUGCUUGACAAGAUCAUCGGCGCCGUGGACCAAAUCCAGCAGACCCAGAGCGGGCUGGAGGCCAGGCAGCAGGAGAUGGAACACUCGGUGACCAACAUCCAGAGCGAGCUCACCAAGCUGACCAAGAGCCACAGCACCACAUCCAACAGCGUCAAUAAGAUGAUGGAGAAGGUGCGCAAAGUGAGCGUCAACGUCAAGACCGUGCGCGCCAACCUCGAGAAGCAAGGGGGACAAAUCAAGAAGCUGGAGAGCAAUGAGGCCGAGCUGCUAAAAAGACGCAACUUUAAAGUCAUGAUCUACCAGGAUGAAGUCAAGGUGCCCUCCAAACUCAACGUUUCCAAGUCAAUGCGGAUCUCUGAGUCCGUGUCAGGAAGCAGAGGAGGGAGUGUGCUGGAGCUGAAGGAAGCCGGGGAGGAUGAGGAGGCGGAAGAGGGAGAGAAAGAAAACAAACCCAAUGUGGACCUUUCCUCUGAUGAGGAAGAAGUGGAGAUCGAGGACCCCCUUUUAGAAACCCGUGCUGAGCGUUUCAAGCGCAGCAGCCUGCAGCGUGUACAAACCCUCAAGACUGUAUUCUCCAAGGACAAGAUGGAUAAGACCCGGGCAAAGACCAAGGAGAACCUGGAGAAAACCAAACAGAAAACUAAGGAAAACCUGGAGAAGACAAAGCAGAAGACUAAAGAGAACCUGGAGAAGACAAGGCAGAAGACUAAGGAGAACAUAGAGAAGACGAAGCAGAAGACCAAAGAGAACCUGGAGAAGACCCGUCAUAACAUUGAGAAGAAGAUGGGGAAGCUCGGAACACGUAUGACCGUCAACCCCGAACGCAAGCAGAAGAUUCAGACGUCCCGUGACAAAAUGAAGAAAGCCUUCACGCCGGACCAUGUUGUCUAUGCCCGCUCCAAGACUGCCGUGUACUCCGUGCCCCCUUUCACCUUCCACGUCAAGAAAAUCCGUGACGGCGCCGUGGAGGUGGUCCAAGGCACUGAGAUGGUGGAGGUCUCCCAGGAUGCCGAGCCCUUCAGUGAAGUGGAUGACGAGGCUGACGGAGGGGCGGUGGAAGUCGAGAUGGAGAUGAUGAAUGGCGGAGGGGAUGAGGAAGAGGAAGACGAGGACGAGGACGAGGAAAGCCAAGAUGUCCUGGAGGAUAAAGACAGAGACAGCGACUAGAUAAAGAAGUGGGAAUCCUUCGCAUCAAAAGUCCAGACACAACCUGAGUUUGUACAAUGUCAUUUACAGGAAUGGCAGCCAAAACUACAAAGAUAGCUUACAGUAUUAUCUAGUUAUUGGAAAGCGUGCUUUAACAAACACAGAUCACCAAAAAAUCUUAAUGGAGCUGAUGAAAAUCCCCACAAAUUUACAAGAAUGCUUAAAGGAUUUUAGCUGAAUGGAUGCUGAAGACAAAUAUGAAAAAUAGAAGGUGUGGCAAUGCAUUAUGUGUCAUGAUCCUAUACCAUUACCUAGUGAAAAUGCAUGUCCCUUUCACACAUGGGGCGGGAAUAACAAUUAAUAUCAUUGCUAAGUGGCAUGGACCGAACCAUUUAAAAGAGGAUUUUGCGUAAAGAAUCUCUCACCGUGGAGAGUUUGGGAGUGCAGAGUGGCCGUAAACCAAAAAAAAAGCGGUUUGAAGCCGUGGAGUUGGCGGUCUUGGUGGAGGAGGCAAACCAACACACUGUUGAACUCCAGCAGAGACGUCGCAUCAUCAUAAUAAUGCUUGUGUAUUUUGCCAUUUAAUAUGCAUGUUUUAUGCUGCAUUCCUGUCAAUCAGGGGUGCCCAAAGUGCGGCGCGGGGGCCAUUUGCGGCCCGUGGCUGUUUUUUAUUGUUUUUUUUAUCCCGCAGAAAAUAUAAUUUAACAAAAACGGAAAAAUCAGCAGUAAUUUUGUGAGAAUAAAGUCAAAACAAACUUUACUUUUUUUUAUUAUUAAAAAACUUCAUUAUAGUAGCAUAAAGUUGAAAGAGGUUUUUUUUUUAAGUUGUAAUAUGAAAAACAAACACAAAAAAAAUUUACAAGAAAUAGUAGGGGGAAAAAACAGCAGAAAUGAAAAAAAAACAGCUGUAAUUUUACGAGAAUAAAGUCAAACUGCGAAGAGAAAAAAGUCGUAUUCUACCGAGAAAAAAAGAUGAGAAUAAACUCAUAAUUUUUUAAUUCUAAAUUUUUAGUAGCACAAAGUUGAAAAAUGAAAGAAAAAAAAGUCGUAAUAUGAGAAAUAAAACAAGAUACAGUUGUCCUUUUUUAGAAAAUUAGGGUGGGGGAAAAGUCAUUUUAUAUUUUGGGAAUAAAGUCAUUUUAUUACAAGAAGAACAUUUGUACAAAGAUUAUUGAAGGAAAAAAUUAAACUAUUUGGAAAAUAUAAAAAACAACAACAUAAAAAAUGGAAAAAAGAGCACAAACAAAGUUUUUCACUUUAUUCUCAUAAAAUGACAGCAGUUUUUUUUUCAAUUUCUGCUGUUGUUUUCAUUUUUAAUUCCAGCUAUUUCACCUUUCUUUGUGUGAAUUUUGUUCAUUAUGACUUUAUUCCCUUAAUAUUUUGACUUUAUUCUCUUGACUUUAUAACUUUUUCCGCAACAAAAUUGUCCAAAAAUGACAACUUUAUUCAUUGUUUUGUUUAUUUCUCAUAAAUAAUAUUAUAAUAUGUCUGUAAUAUUUCAACUUUAUGCUAUAUUUUAUGUUAUUUUUCCCAUGAUAUUAUAACGUUAUUCUUGUAAAAUUACGUCUUUUUCUUCAUUAGAUUACGACUUUUUUCUCAAAAUAUUUUGACUUUAUUCUUGUAAAAUUACUGCUGAUUUUUUUUUUCCAUUCUUGCUGUUGUGUGUUUUUUUUUUUUCGUUUUCUUGUUAAAUUAUAUUUUUAGAAUGUGCCACGGGCCACUAAAAAAAACAUCUGCGGGCCGCAAAUGACCCCUGGACCACACUUUGGACACGACUGGUCUAGGUCCAUCAUGUUUCACGUGCAAGUAUGUGUUAUUUUUUUUUCAAUUUCGUUGUUAUAGUGUUUCAUAAAUAACGAUUAAGAACAAUACGUUGCACAGGUCAAACUCCAUAGACCAAGUUUAGACUCUGGUGUCCUUAAGGAGCCUUAGAGACACGUGAGCGUGUUUUGCAAAAGAAGAUUGUGCAACGCUGCGGCCUGCUACUGUCCCCUUGGAUUGUCUGCUCCAAAACAACAGUGCAGUUCAACACAGAACUCCAAAUGUUAUUUCAAGCAUUUCAGUACAAAAAAGUCCCACAAUGUCACUGUAUGUGUUCGUCAAUGUGUUUGAUUUGUCCACCACUGCUAGUUGUCCUAUACAGUGUACAAUGUACUGUAUCCUAUAAGUGCCUUGUGAGAUCUGUAAGUCUUUCAAUACUGAAUGUUCUGCUAUGACUGCAUUAUUUUAGGAUAUUAGAGAUAAAGGUCCAUCCAACGAGGAUUCUCCAAACAACUCAGGCUUGGAGUGGGGAUGUCGGGGACUGGGGGAGUACAGUUUAUCCUGGAAAUGUUAUUAAAUGGCAAGUUCCACAGUUGUUUGUCUUGUCAAAGCUUAUUUCCAGCACAGACACAUCUGUUUGAUUUGAUUUUUUUUGUGUAAAUAAUUACAAUGCAGCUCAUAAUGCAUAAACAUUUGAAUUACCAGAGAACAUAUUGCAUUCUGCUGCCUGCACAUACUCUCCAUUUAGUAGUUUCUUGAGCCAAAAUUGACACUCUUGUAACAGAGCAUAAAAUAUAAUUGCUUUAUUGAUGCACAAUUCUCUUAGUGGUUAAUGCUCGCACUUCAAAGUGAAUUAACAUUGUUGUAAUUGAUCCUUGUAAAAUCUUUCAUUGCCUAACCACUAACGAUUGAAUUAAUAAAAGCUAUU